AGUACGCACUCCAGCGCACUAUAGCAACAACCACCAUUAAUAUUAUUAACACCGUUUACUUUAAAAAAAAAAGAUAAUAUUUAUUUUUAUUAUUAUCGAUUUUCCUUUCCAAAAAAAAAUUCCUGAUCGGCGAUCGACGGGAAUAAUCUCCUCCCCCAAUUCCUCGCCGCCGAUUAACCGUUAAAUCCUACCCGGAAAGUAUGACCCACCCAAGACCCAAACUAAGCUACUAAUCAUCUUCUUUAAAAACCCUAAAAAAUCUCUUAUCAUUUUUUGUACUAUCUCUCUACUUUGUUAUAAAAUAAAAAAGAGUACUUUGUGUGUUUUUGUGUAUAAUAGAAAAAAAGAGAGAGAGAGUACACUGAGAUUCACGAAAUCAAAGUCACUGUCUUGAUUUUCUCGAGCUCAUAAAGUACACGUGGCGAUCUGGGUCUUGCUUCGCUUCACUCACUCCAUUUCUACUGUUCAAAUCUAGCUGAAAUAAGAUAUUGUGGUUAUGCAUGAGCAUUGGAACUUUAGUCCUCUUACGCAUGCUGAGACGAUCAUAGUUUUCCCAUCAAGUAUUUGGCUUCCUCAGUGACUUGAAUUUCUAUAUGGAAGCCAAUAUAGAGGAGGCCCUUAGGGCAAAAGAGAUUGCUGAGAAGAGAUUUGGUGAAAAAGACUUUUUUGGUGCAAAGAAUUAUGCUUUAAAGGCAAAAACACUAUUUCCUGGAUUGGAGGGUAUCUCUCAGAUGGUGGCCACUUUUGAUGUUUAUAUCGCCUCUGAGGUGAAAUGCAAUGGUGAAAUUGAUUAUUAUUCAGUUCUAGGGUUGAAGCCUUCUGCAGAUAGAGAUACAGUGAAAAAGCAGUAUAGGAAGAUGGCUGUGUUGCUUCACCCUGAUAAGAAUAAAACUGUGGGAGCUGAUGGAGCAUUUAAACUUGUAUCUGAAGCAUGGACCAUGUUGUCAGAUAAUCGUAAGAGAAGCUCUUAUGAUCAUAAGAGAAACAAACAGAUGGCCUCUUGUGUUGUCCAGACAAACUUAUCUUCAGUACAUACUGCUGGAGUCGCAGGAUAUAACAAUAGUUCCAAUUCAUCAACUUCUCAUGGACUUGAUACAUUUUGGACUGUGUGCACUUCUUGUAAAGUUCAGUAUGAGUAUCUGCGGAAGUAUGUGAAUAAGAGGCUUUCAUGUAAGAACUGUCGAGGUACUUUCAUUGCUGUGGAAACUGGAACAGCUCCUGUGAAUGGUUCUUUUCCUUACUCUCCUUGGUCAUAUGUUCCUGGUAAUGGGUAUGGAACUCAUGGAUAUGAUGGAGUUACAUAUGUCCCAACCACCACUACUGUAUUUACUGGAAAUGGAGCCUCAGGACUACACACUGGGCAUGGUUAUGAGUAUGUUUCAAAUAUGUCAUUUCAAUGGAGCUCAUUCUCUGGGACUUCUGCUGGAGUCAUGGGCCACAAUACGUCAUCUGCAGUUUCCAAUGAUACAGUUUAUCAGGUUAAUGGACAUGCUACUGGAGCAAGAGCUAAUUUUAAGUCAGCAGCUAAUGGAAAGCGUUCAGUGAAACCUGCCACGAAUAACCUGAAUUUUAGUGUUGCUACUAGCUAUAAUGAAUCUUCAGGUUCUAAGGCUGGCAGACUUGAUAAAAAACGGAAAGUCAUUGGAGCUGGAGUUAAAAAUGGAUAUGAAGAAAAGGGUGGUUUGAAGUCUGCUUCGGAAGUAAGAUUAGCUAAUGGAAAUGCCAGUGUGGAGCCUGACCCUAAGAUUUCAGUUCCAAAUGAACUUCUACCAAGACGUGUCUCAAUUGCACCUGCUUUUGAUGCUAGGAAGUUAUUGAUUGACAAGGCAAGGACUGAAAUUCGGAAGAAAUUAGAAGAAAUAAGAUCUGCUUCAGUUGCAGUAGCAGUUAAAGAGAAUGCACAAGAUCAAUCCACAGAGCUGGGAGCAGCUCCUAAACGUGAUAAUUCAGAUGUUUCUGGCUGUCAAACAAAGCCAGUUAAAAUUGUGCCAACUUCAAUAACAGUCCCUGACCCAGAUUUUCAUGAUUUUGACAAAGAUAGAUCAGAGGAAUGCUUCAAGCCAAAGCAAGUAUGGGCAAUAUAUGAUGAAGAUGAUGGUAUGCCUCGCUUGUACUGUUUGAUCCGCCAGGUUGUCUCAGUUAAUCCCUUUAAGAUUCUCAUCACUUACUUGAAUUCCAAAACUGAUACUGAAUUUGGGCAAGUGAAUUGGAUAGAUUCUGGGUUUACAAAAUCUUGUGGGCAUUUCAGAGCAUGGAAUACAGAUCUUGUUGAUCAAGUGAAUAUUUUCUCUCAUCUUUUGAAAGGAGAAAAGGCUGGCCGGGGCGGUUGUGUUCGAAUAUAUCCCAAAAGCGGAGAUAUUUGGGCUGUUUAUCGAAAUUGGUCUCCACAAUGGAACAGAUCAACCCCAGAUGAUGUGAGGCAUCAGUAUGAGAUGGUGGAGGUUCUUGAUGAUUACUCUGAAGAGCUUGGAGUAUGUGUCACUCCUCUCAUUAAGUUGGCAGGUUUCAAGACAGUAUACCAGAGGAACAUGAACAAGGAUGCGAUUAGAUGGAUUCCAAGGAGAGAGAUGGUGCGCUUUUCUCACCAGGUGCCAUCUUGGUCGCUUGAAGGAGAAGCAACUACGAGUAGUUUGCCGGAUAAGUGUUGGGAUCUGGAUCCAGCUGCAACUCCAGAUGAACUGCUUCAUGCUGCAACAGAUGUGGAGGCUUAGCUUAACACAGUCAAAGCAGGAAAGCAAGAGUUAUUUGGAGUUUGAUUUAUCAUUCUUACAGAAAAUUUUUAGGUUGACUGUACAAUAUUCCAUACUUGGUUCAAGGCCAAUGCAAACGUUAACUCCAUAUGAUUUUAGAUAAUUUCAUGUUUACUGAGGAACGUUGAGCCUGAGAAAUCUGAAUCCAUUGACUACUUGUUGACAGAAUUGCACAUCUGUUCAAUGAGGGCUGUUGUAACAUUUAUUGAGCAGUUACAACUGACUGCAAACUCAAAAGCAGAAAUGUAAUAUUUGUAUGUUUGGCUACAAUUCAAUGCUAAAGAAUUGCAAGGCUCGCUGCAGUUCAACUGUAGCCUCUUGAUUUUC